AUGGCUGAUCAAGUAAAGAAAGGCGAUGAAGUAUCUUGGAACUGGGGUAGUGGGCAACCUUCUGGUAAAGUAGCAGAAGUCAAAGAAGGAAGAGCCGAGGUGACUUCUAAUAAGGGAAAUACUAUUUCUAAGAAUGGCACCAAAGAAGAUCCUGCGGUAGUUAUCGAACGUAGUGGGCUUAUCUCACUUCCUCGUUCCCCCAUCUCCCAUCCCCCAUUUUCCGGCUCAUCGCAUAGGGAUAGAUGGGAAUUAUUCCACACAUCUUCAUACGUGGGCAAUGUGGAUUCUCCAAUCCCUUUAGCAGAUGAUGGUCUGUUCUGUUCUGCGUUGUGUAUGAUCGGCCCUUCCUCCAUGAACAACGUCGUCAAAAGGGCACAUGAGCUUAACGAAGUUGAAUCGUAA